UAAAACACAUAACAUUAGAACCAGAAGUAAGCAGCAAUGGCGACAUCUGUUGCGACUCUAUCUUCUCCUCCACCAGUAUCUCUACCUCUCUCAUCAUCUCGCUCUUCCUUCUUCUCCAAUUGCUUCACAGUACCAACCCGACAAAACUACCGUUCUUUGGUAGCGAUUCGACCAAAAAUCCGACCGGAACAGACGAGAAAGCCACUCACUUGUAAUGCCCUGUUUGGUCUCGGUGUGCCUGAACUCGCUGUGAUUGCUGGCGUCGCUGCGUUGCUUUUUGGACCUAAGAAGCUUCCUGAGAUUGGGAAAAGUAUUGGGAAAACUGUUAAAAGCUUUCAACAGGCUGCAAAAGAGUUUGAGUCUGAGCUUAAGACGGAACCUGAAGACUCUGUUACUGACUCAUCGCCAGUAGCAAUGAGUAACAAAGAAGAGGAGAAAAAAAAUGAGGUUUCUUCAAGCUCAAAAGAGAAUGUAUGAAGAUGAGACUUUAGUGUUUGCUUUUUCCUUGUAGCUACAACAAUUUUAUGUGAUGAUGAGUUUUAGAUGAAAUACUCACUUUGGAAGAAAACGAAAUUAUAGCCUUCCAAUGAAAGUAUAAUCAGUUUGUGUUUUAAA